CUAUUAUAAUAUGUUUUUCGACUCAUCAUUUUCAUGUCAGAUCAUUCAGAUCAUUUUAAGACUUUUAAGCUGGUGAUUUUGGAUUUCACUCAAAAUAUGGGCCAGUUACCCAGUGUCUCUUCAGGCAAAGUAAUCCUUCUAGUUAUUUGCUGCCUUAAAGUUUCAUAUGGUUUUGGAGGAGCAAACUGUGAGGUGAACAUUGAUGAUUGUCGGAAUCACCGCUGUCAGAAUGGAGCCACAUGCAUAGUUGGAGUGAAAACUUACAACUGCCAGUGCCCACCUGAAUGGACUGGUCAGUUUUGCACUGAUGACGUGGAUGAAUGCAGCCUGCUGCCAAACGUCUGUCAGAAUGGAGGCACGUGCAGUAACACGCGCAACGGCUACAACUGUGUAUGUGUGAACGGCUGGAGUGGCCCUGACUGCUCUGAAAACAUUGAUGACUGCGCAGCUGAGCCCUGCACUGCCGGCUCUACUUGCAUCGACCGCGUGGCUUCCUUCAGAUGCAGCUGCCCUCCCGGCAAGACUGGUUUGCUGUGUCACAUUGAUGAUGCCUGCACCAGUAACCCCUGCAAGAUGGGAGCUCAAUGUUACACAAACCCCAUCAAUGGCAAGUUCAACUGUAACUGCCCCUCAGGGUACAAGGGCAGCAAGUGUGCGGAGGAUAUUGAUGAGUGUGUGAUCGGGCCAAACCCAUGUGAGCACGGUGGCUCGUGUAAGAACACAGUGGGCUCAUUUACCUGUAGCUGUGCUCCGGGUUACACUGGUCCACACUGUGAGACAUCAAUAAAUGUGAUUCCGACCCCUGCCAGAAUGACACCAACCUGCUUGGACCAGAUAGGAGAUUUCACCUGCUCCUGUAUCCCAGUUUUGCAGUCUUGGUGUAAAGAUAAUGCUGCAGCCACUCCGCCAAGAGAUACUUAAAGGAUCUGAGGAUCCUCAAAUGCAAACUGUGUGUUUUGCUUCAAAAGAGCAACAAAACAUUUGUAUUGUGUUUUACUUUCUUUUAUAUUCAUUCAUUCAUUUAUAAUCAUUUAUCAUUUUAUUAUUCAAUUUAAUCAUAUUAUCCUUUAUAAUAAUCAUUAUAGCCAUUUAUAUACUCAUUUCAUUGAUUUAUUAAUUGAUUAGUCAUUUAUAUUAUAUCAUUAUAGUUUAUAUUAUUUUUGUUGUUUAGUCUUAUGACGUGUGGUUUCAAGGGAUGUUUGUCUAAGAGGAAAUGUUUUUGGAAAUUUAAGGUUUAUGGGACAAUAUUGUGAGGCAGUAAUUUUCUAUUGGUAUUGCUUGUGGUAUAAUAACACUUAUUGGAUUUGUUCUGGUCUUUGAAACAUACUCAACUAAGACUAUUCAAUAAAUUCUGCUCCUUUUUAUUAUCA